UCAGCAUGCUUUUACUGGUUGAAUUUUGGAUAUACAAUAAAAUAAAAUGGCAAAGUCUGGUAUUAAUGGGGACGAGAAUUAUUAGUCUGAUUCCAUAAGUAGAAAAGUAGAUUUAUCCCCCUUGCAUCAACUGAAAGCAGGAAGACAUCGCCUUUAAGAGGGAAAGUAAUAUUUCAGCAGCCAACUACAAGUUUGUCUCGUUUAAAAGUUAAAGACAUUCCAUUAGGGGUCUUCAUGCUACCUGAAAAGAAAAAGAAGAGUCAGCAGCAACACAGUACAAAUGAGGUUGAGAUAAUAAAGGCCGCUGGAUAUAGAUUAACAGCCAAAUAAGAUGGCUACAGAGAGGCUACUGAAGUCAAUACUACACCAAGCUCAAACAGAUGGAAAUACUGGAGAAAUCAUUAAAACAUUGUCAGCACAAGAUAAGAAGAAGGCUUUACGUAUAGCUGCCAGAGAAGGGUUGUAUAAGGUUCUGAUUUUUCUAUUGGACCAUGGUAUUGAUGUUGAUCGUUAUAAAAACCACCUGAUACACCUUCUUUUAGAUAGCUAUAAACGAUAUGACAAUACAUAUAUGCAUGAUUUGUUACAAUGUGUAAUUAAAUUAGUUGAUGCCGGUGUAGACGUUAACCAGUUGAAUGAACAUUUAGAGACAGGUUGUUCUGUAGCUGCUAGUUACAGAUUGUAUGACGUUUUGAUGUAUCUGUUACAAAAUGGAGUAGAUGUACAUGAUGUUGAUAGAUUUCAACGCAACAUUCUUCACUAUGUAUUGGGUUGUAUGCAUUCCCUUGUGAAAUAUGACGAGCAAUAUAAAACUAUAAAACUCGUUACGACUUUAAUAAACAUGAAAUCAGACAUAAACCAACCUGACUAUGAAGGUAAUACCCCGUUGUUCUAUGUCGGUAUAUACAUCCCUUCUAAUGACAUUCCCCCACUGAACCUUGGAAAAGCGCACGCGAAAAUAAUGAAAUUAGAGACAGAACAGGACCCCUAUUUUCUAUUAAAAUGUAGAUUGAUUAACAUGUUGUUAGAAGCUGGCUGUAACGUGAACCACCAAAACAAACUUGGAGUAACGGCCUUAAUGCACCAUAUACAACUCCAAGCUGAUAUCAGUCUAUUAAAACUGUUAAUUCCACAUUCUGAUCUAAGUUUAUCUGAUAAUAAUGGUAAUACAGCAAUAAGUUAUUGUGUUCAAUAUCACAUGAUCAGUUCUACACCCGUCUUUAAACUUUUAGUAGAUUCGGGUUCAGAUCUGAUGUCCUGUAACAAUGGAGUUAAGUUAUUCCAUGAUAUUUUAAAAUGUAAGAGAUUGGGAGUGUUCCGUUAUUACAUUGGACUAAAGUUGGUUGUUAAUGGUGUUACAGCUGAAGGGGAAAAUAUGCUUCAUCUUUUAGCAGGUGUUAACUAUGAUUAUUCUUCAAACAAGUUUAACUGGUUGUUAAAUAACGAGCUAGAUAUUAACCACCCCUGCUCUAAAACCAACACACCGACUAUGAUAGCUGCCUUUUUAUUAAACAGUAAAUAUUUAGAACUAGUUACACGUCACCCUAGACUAAAGGUCAAUACACAAAAUAACCAGGGUUAUACAGCUCUUCAUCUGUGUAUCAUUGGCUUUACGAUGUUUAAAGAUGGCUUAAACAAGAGACAGGUAAAUAGUGUUGUUAAGAAUUAUUGUAGACAGAUAUAUCCAAUAUACAUGGCUUGUAUUGAUACUUUACUUGGAGUUGAUGGAAUAGAUGUAAAUAUUCCAGAUAAUGGGGGUAAAACUAGUUUAAUGAUGGCUGCUAUGAAAAAUGACAGAGUUCUUACGAGGAAACUACUCCAGGCUGGUGCCAUAGUUAACACGUUAGACUAUUCAGGAAGAUCAGCUAUACAAUAUCUUGAUAUUUAUCAGAGUGUAUUUGAUUUGACUUGUUUUAAAUUACUUCUAUCUAAUGGCAAUACUGGUCUUCUCAAUUUAACCUGUAUUGGUGGUAACACGAUUAUCCAAACAGCCUUGUGUUUUCCCCGCUUCUGGGAACCAUACCACGUCGUUCGUUUUGUUACAUAUUUAGUUGCUGAAAACUGUUGUGUUCAGACUCUCGUUACGUCUUCAGUUAAAAGUAGCUAUAAUCAAAUUGGUCUUACUGAUCUAAGUAGUUCAGAUAGAGAUAAACUGAGAAAACUGUUAUAUUAUAGUGGCGCCCAAGGGGAGGAAAUUAUGACAACAUUAAACUUUGAUGAGGAAGAUAAACCAUAUGAAGACAACGACACAAUUGGCUCACGAGGCAGAGGGCAAUUCGCUAGCUUCUGUAAUAAUAUAUCUCUUAAGUCUAUUUGUAGAAGAAACAUCAGACAGCUUCUUGGAUUGGGAAUAAAUGAAAAUGUUAAGGAUCUAGAUUUACCUUAUGAAUUAAAUGGUUUUCUUCUACUAAAAGAUGUCCUUCGGUCACAAGAGUACAACUUAGACCAGAUUGAUGAUGGCUGUAAUUAUUUUGAUGAUGAUGAUGAUUAUGAUGGUUAUGAUAUAGAUAAAGAGAGCGAUGAUGAUUAUAGUCAAUAUAAAUACCAGUAUUUUACUCUCAAUACAGAUGAUAAACUAAGGCAAGAUUUCAUAAAAACAUCAUUAUUUCCUAAUGGUGAGGUUGAUGAUGAUGAAGGUAGUGAUGAUUUUGCUGAUGGUGGUGCAGCUGCUGCUGAUGAUAAUGAUAAUGAUAAUGCUGAUUAACAUUAAACCAUAUCCGAGGUGACUCCAGUGUUUGUUUUGGCGUAUUCUGACGAGCGAUAAACUACAGUAGUUUUUUGAUAAUUACCGUCUCCCUAGUUUUUGUGUAAGCCCACAAUAAUAAUAAAAAUAUUAAGAAUUUGUUCAAAUAUUUGACUAAUAGUUAUAACUGAUAGCAAAUUAGAAAUUAUCGAUUUAAUUGAUAUACACACAUGUUAUGUGUACAUAUUAUGUUGUCAUAACCCCUGUCCUUUCUCGUUUGCUCAUAUUUCUGGAAACAUUCUGUACUACAAAUUGCUUUCAAAGACAAAAACAUGUUGAUUUAUGUAAUGUUUCAACUUUGUUACACCAAAAUUUAAGAAUAAUUAUAUGAUAAAAAGAGAUAAAAUGUUUAUUGAAAGA